CUUGUGUUCUCUCCCGUUCCAUCGCGUUUCCUUUGGUUUUCAUUCCUGUCCGGUUGUCUUUCCAUCGCAGGGUAGCCAUCAUGUCCGGCCUCGCUAGAACUGCCAACUUCUUCCUGCGUUCCAGCAGGGCCUCCCUGCUGCGCCCCCGUGGUGUCAACCCCAUCCAGCAUGUGUUCGCCAAAGACAAGCUGGCUGCCCGUGGCAUGGCUACUGCUUUCGAGCGUACCAAGCCUCACGUCAACAUCGGUACCAUCGGUCACGUCGAUCACGGCAAGACCACCUUGACCGCUGCCAUCACCAAGCACCAGGCCUCCAAGGGUCUGGCCCAGUUCCUCGAGUAUGGUGCCAUUGACAAGGCUCCUGAGGAGCGCAAGCGUGGUAUCACCAUCUCGUCCGCCCACAUCGAGUACGCCACCGACAAGAGACACUACUCCCACGUCGACUGCCCCGGUCACGCCGAUUACAUUAAGAACAUGAUCACUGGUGCCGCCAACAUGGACGGUGCUAUCAUUGUCGUUGCUGCCUCCGACGGUCAGAUGCCCCAGACUCGUGAGCACUUGCUGCUUGCUCGCCAGGUCGGUGUCCAGAAGAUCGUCGUGUUCGUCAACAAGGUCGAUGCCAUCGAUGACCCGGAGAUGUUGGAGCUCGUUGAGCUGGAAAUGCGCGAGCUUCUCGACACCUACGGCUUCGAGGGUGAGAAGACCCCCAUCAUCUUCGGCUCUGCUCUCUGCGCCCUCGAGGACCGCCAGGCCGACAUCGGUGCCGAGCGUAUCGACGCCCUCCUUGAGGCCGUUGACACCUGGAUCCCCACCCCCCAGCGUGACCUUGACAAGCCUUUCUUGAUGUCCAUCGAGGAAGUCUUCUCCAUCCCCGGCCGUGGUACCGUCGCCUCCGGCCGUGUCGAGCGUGGUCUUCUGAAGAAGGACAGCGAAGUCGAGAUCAUCGGUACCUCCAACGAGGUCAUCAAGACCAAGGUCACCGACAUUGAGACCUUCAAGAAGUCCUGCGACGAGUCCCGCGCUGGUGACAACUCUGGUCUCCUUCUCCGUGGUGUCCGCCGUGAGGAUCUCCGCCGUGGUAUGGUCAUUGCCGCUCCUGGCAGCGCCAAGGCCAACGACAAGUUCAUGGUCUCCAUGUACGUCCUGACCGAGGCUGAGGGUGGUCGCCGUACCGGUUUCGGUGUCCAGUACCGUCCCCAGCUGUUCAUCCGCACUGCUGAUGAGGCUGCCGAGUUCAGCUUCCCCGACGAGGACCAGAGCCGCCGCAUCAUGCCCGGUGACAACGUUGAGGUGAUCGUCAAGACCCACCGCCCCGUUGCCGCCGAGGCUGGUCAGCGCUUCAACAUCCGUGAGGGUGGUCGCACCGUUGCCACUGGUCUCGUCACCCGUGUCCUGAACGAGUAAACAGCGGGCCUGAACAGGUUCGUCUAGCAUGACCGGGGAACUGGCUGCUGUGUACCAUGCGAAAAGAAGCGAAAAAUAAUUGACAGGGAUUCGUUCAUAAUGUUUACACCAUCUUGCAGCGCGGGCAUCAGCGGGAGCAUCCGGAACUGAUACGCCAGGAUGGUGGGUUGCGCCGGAGUUCUUGAGUCAUAUCCAUGUAUCUGUAUUGUAUUGAAAUGUCUGUAGACUUUUGUAUCUCUUCUCCUCUCUUCUCACUUCUAGGUAUGUCGUUGAAAAUGAAUUGAAUGAUCUACUCCAUUGA